AUGGGUGAUAUCCAUCCAACCAGUGGCCAAAAUGGCUCUGCCAACGGCAAGAAGCACAUCUUGAUCAAUGCAUUUGAUAUGUCAACAGUCGGGCAUCUGUCACCUGGGCAGUGGAAGAAUCCGAAAGACAAGUCGGCGACCAAGCGCAAACUCGAUUACUGGAUUGAUCUCGCAAAACUGCUGGAGCGAGGGGACAUUAAUGCGCUGUUCCUGGCAGACACAACGGGAGGCCACGACACCUACGAGGGCAAGCUCGACGAGUGUAUUCGACGGGCAGCGCAAUGGCCUGUGACAGACCCAACCAUCCCCAUUAGCGCAAUGGCUGCAGUAACCAAGAACCUUGCUUUCGGCAUCACAGCAUCGACAUCGUUCGAACAGCCCUUCCUGCUCGCAAAGCGGUUCUCUACACUGGACCACUUGACCAAUGGCCGUGUGGGCUGGAACAUUGUUACUUCGUACAAGAAGGCGGCCUUCAAAGCCAUUGGCCUGGACACUCCCAUCGAGCAUGACCAGCGAUAUCGUCAAGCAGACGAGUAUCUACGCGUGCUCUACAAGCUCUGGGAAGGCUCUUGGGCGUCAGAUGCGCUCUCCCCCAACCCCGAGGCCGACUCGUACAUUGAUCCAGACAAGGUUCGCCAGAUCAACCACAAGGGAGAAUUUUACUCCCUGAACACACGCCACAUCGUCGACCCUUCGCCCCAGAGAACACCGUUCCUGUUCCAAGCAGGAACAUCCCCGGCAGGAUCAACCUUUGCAUCAACCCACGCGGAGGCUAUCUUCGUCUCCUCUCAUUCUCCGGAGGUCUUGCGACCCAAGGUCCAGAGUAUCCGCAAGCAGGCUGCAGAGCUCGGUCGUGACCCGCAGUCUAUCAAGUUCUUCGGCACAUUCACACCCAUCGUGGGUAGAACCGACGAGGAAGCUUGGGAGAAGUACGAGGAGCUCAAGAAAUAUGCAUCCGUGAUCGGUGGUCUGGUUCUAUUUAGUGGAUGGACGGGCAUUGAUAUCUCAAAGAUCCCACUGGAUCAAGAGAUCACGGCUGCCGAUUCCCUAGAGGCCGGGAAGGUGACCAGUCUCCUAGACUCCUUGCUGAAGACCAGCAAAGAUGUCCCCAAAUGGACGCCCCGGAUUGUGGCUGAAAAGGCCGCCAUUGGCGGUCUUGGACCCGUUGCCAUUGGAAGCCCUGCUACUGUUGCCGACGAGAUGGAGCGCUGGAUCCGCGAGGCGGAUCUCGAUGGAUUCAAUAUUGGCUAUGUGACCACGCCAGGGACCUUUGAGGAUUUAAUUGACCUGGUUCUUCCCGAGUUGAGGAAGCGCGGGCUUUACCCGGAGCCUUCGAACCGAUCGGAUGAGCCGCUUGCUCUCCGGGAGAAGGUGUAUGGGAAGGGCCAAAAGGAGCUUAGAGAUGACCAUCCAGGCAGCAAGUUUAAGUAUGAUGUGUACCAAGAGGAGGCACCAUUUGUGGAGGGUUCUGAAGCCGUUUAG